AAGGAGUAUCUUCUGCAGUAGGGUUUGGUUGCGCUUUUACAGCAUUGCUGGAGCCGCUGGCGGAGGGGCAGUGCUGAGUGGCAGUCCCAAAAUGGAGAUGACACUAACAGCUAGCGAGAUCCGCCAACGGUUCAUCAACUUUUUUGUGGAGAACCAGCACACCUAUGUGCACUCUUCUGCUACCAUCCCCCUGGAUGACCCUACCCUACUAUUUGCCAAUGCUGGGAUGAAUCAGUUCAAACCCAUCUUCCUCAACACAAUUGACCCCUCUCAUCCCAUGGCAAAGCUGACACGAGCUGCCAACACCCAGAAGUGUAUUCGGGCAGGUGGGAAGCACAAUGACCUGGAUGAUGUUGGCAAGGAUGUCUACCAUCACACGUUCUUUGAGAUGCUGGGCUCAUGGUCUUUUGGCGAUUACUUCAAGGAACUGGCUUGCAGAUUUGCCCUGGACCUCCUCACCAAAGAGUUUGGCAUCCCCAUGGAAAGGCUUUAUGUUACUUACUUCGGUGGUAAUGAGGCAGCUGGUCUGCAGCCAGACUUAGAUUGUAAACAGAUCUGGUUGGAUUUAGGUCUGGCAGAAAGCAGGAUUCUUCCAGGCAGCAUGAAGGACAACUUCUGGGAAAUGGGAGAUACAGGGCCAUGUGGACCUUGCAGCGAGAUACACUAUGACCGGAUUGGAAACCGGGAUGCUUCACAUCUUGUCAAUCAAGAUGAUCCUAAUGUGCUGGAGAUCUGGAACUUAGUGUUCAUCCAAUUCAAUAGAGAGGCUGAUGGGACCCUGAAAGCCCUCCCCAAGAAGAGCAUUGACACUGGCAUGGGCCUGGAGAGGCUGGUGUCUGUGCUGCAGAACAAGAUGUCCAACUAUGAUACAGACCUCUUUGUGCCUUACUUUGAGGCUAUCCAGAAGGGCACUGGCUGCAGGCCGUACAUGGGCCGAGUUGGUGAGGAGGAUGACGAUGGCAUAGACAUGGCCUACCGUGUCCUGGCUGACCACGCCAGGACCAUCACGGUGGCACUUUCCGACGGUGGAAGGCCUGAUAACACCGGCAGGGGGUAUGUUCUGAGGCGCAUCCUUCGACGUGCUGUGCGGUACGCUCAUGAAAAGCUCAACGCCCCCAGGGGGUUCUUUGCCACACUGGUUGACGUCGUGGAAGAGUCGCUGGGCGGUGCAUUCCCUGAACUGAAGAAAGACCCAGAGAUGGUGAAAGACAUUAUCAAUGAUGAGGAGGUUCAGUUCUUGAAGACACUCAACAGAGGGCGGCGCAUCCUUGACAGAAAGAUUCAGAGCUUGGGGGACAGCAAAAUAAUUCCUGGGGAUACUGCCUGGCUGCUGUAUGACACCUAUGGUUUCCCCGUGGAUCUCACUGGGCUUAUUGCCGAAGAGAAGGGCCUGCAAGUAGACAUGGAGGGCUUUGAAGAGGAAAGGAAGACUGCCCAGCUAAAGUCCCAGGGCAAGGGAGGUGGCGAUGAAGAUUUCAUCAUGUUGGACAUCUAUGCGAUUGAAGACCUCCGCUCCAGGGGCUUAGAGGUCACAGAUGACUCCCUCAAGUACAGCUACUCAUCGAAUCCCAGUGGCACCUAUGAGUUUGACAGUCCUUUGGCCGUGGUGAAAGCCCUCCGCCGGGAGAAGACGUUUGUGGAGGAGGUGUCUACAGGCCAGGAGUGUGGGGUUGUACUGGACAGCACCUGCUUCUAUGCAGAGCAGGGAGGGCAGAUCUAUGAUGAAGGCUACCUCGUUAAGGAGGAUGAAGGCAGCGAGGACAAGACAGAGUUUACCGUGAAAAAUGUACAAGUGCGUGGAGGUUACGUGCUCCAUGUGGGCACAGUCUAUGGAAACCUGAAAGUGGGAGAUACCGUCCGACUGUAUGUUGAUGAGGCGAGGCGGAGGCCCAUCAUGAGCAACCACACAGCUACCCACAUCCUCAACUUCGCUUUGCGCGCUGUGCUGGGAGAGGCCGACCAGCGGGGCUCCUUGGUCGCUCCAGACCGGCUGCGGUUUGACUUCACAGCUAAGGGGGCCAUGUCAACUCAGGAAAUCAAGAAGACAGAAGAGAUUGCUAACCAAAUGAUUCGGGAAGCCAAGGUCGUGUACGCCAAGGACUGUCCCCUGGCUGCUGCCAAAGCCAUCCAGGGCCUGCGAGCAGUGUUUGACGAGACGUACCCUGACCCCGUCCGCGUUGUCUCGAUCGGCAUACCCAUAGAGGACAUGCUGGCUGAUCCCUCCAGCGCUGCGGGUGCCAUUACAUCUGUUGAGUUCUGCGGAGGGACGCAUUUGCAGAACUCCAGCCAUGCCGGCCACUUUGUCAUUGUGUCAGAGGAAGCUAUUGCAAAAGGCAUCCGGAGGAUAGUGGCAGUGACUGGAGGAGAAGCACAGAAGGCGCUGAGGAAGGUAGACAGCCUUCAAAAGCUGCUCGCUGAGCUGGAAGCCAAAGUGAAGAUCCAGACCACUCCUAACAAAGACAUCCAGCGUGAGAUUGCAGAUCUUGGUGAGACCCUGGCCACUGCAAUCAUUCCCCAGUGGCAGAAAGAUGAACUGAGAGAGGCCCUGAAAACACUAAAGAAGAUUAUGGAUGAUCUGGAUCGUGCCAGCAAAGCAGAUAUCCAGAAACGAGUUUUGGACAAGACGAAACAACUGAUUGAGGCUCACCCCAACCAGCCGCUGGUCAUCCUUGAAAUGGAGAGUGGUGCGUCUGCCAAGGCUCUGAAUGAAUCCUUGAAGCUCCUGAAGACGCAUUCCCCAGAGACAGCCGCCAUGCUUUUCGCAGUGGAUAAUGACGCUGGCAAGAUCACGUGCUUAUGCCAGGUCCCUCAGAAAGUCGCCAGUAAAGGGCUGAAGGCUAAUGAAUGGGUGCAGAAGGUGUCGGGGCUGAUGGAUGGCAAAGGGGGUGGGAAAGACCUCUCUGCCCAAGCAACAGGAAAGAACACAGACUGCCUUGAGGAGGCCCUGAAAGUAGCCACGGACUUUGCCAAGCUCAGACUGGGAGAGCUGAAGAACUGAACCUUGCAGCAUUCGAGAAGGGAAUGCCUCAUCUGCCCAGCCAGUAAGUUAGGAGUUUGUUGCGUCCACAGAGGCCAAGGCUGCACCAUGGUCAUUCUAACCUCAUCCUCUUGGGCACUAACCAGGCAGAGCGGCUGUGUAGGCAACAACCUGGAUGUGAGAGCUCAGGACGGUGUGAGUCCUAAUCCAGACUCGUAGUAACAACUGAGCCCUUUCCGGGUGCCUCCUGCCCAUUAAUCGUCCUCUUUCUUUGCACACAUCUGUCACGUGCUCCCUGAUACCCUACAUUUUAGAUGAUAAUGUAGUUUUAAAAGGGGGGACUCUGUGCACAACCCCCCGCCCUGUCCAUGUUCGAGUACUUGACAUGCUUUCUGUAAUGUGAGCAUGAACAGGGCAUCAAGGCUGCUAUGAUCUUGUUCCUCGUCUUUGUAACUGUGGAAGACCUUCCCUCCCUACUCAGUGUGAACUCCUGUUGCGGCAAAGCCUGAACUGGGCUGCCCUGUCCUGCCCUGGGGCAAAGAGCUGUGGUCGACUAGGUUCCAUGCUAAAUAAACAGAUGCAGUGUCUGCAAGUGAAUGCGUUGCACCUGAAACCAUGGCCCUGAGCUGAUGCAUGAGCAGGAAUGAGCCGCAGCAGCCACCGUCAGCCUGGUGCGCUCUCCCAACCAUCCCCACUUGACAACAUGCCCAGGAGAGAGCAUUCAUAAGCCUGUCUUUCCCUACACUGCAGUUUGUCACGUUGUGCGGAGUGACGAGCUGCUAUUUCUUGCGCAGGCAGUCCCUGGGUUAUGAACAAGUUCUGUUCCUGAGAAGAUAAAAAAUCGCCUUUAAGUCAAA